UGCUCCGGACCGGGAUCGGGCUGGGAUCCCGGCACAGCUCGAUCCCCCCGGGAUCAGGCCGAGUUCCCAAGUACUCCUUGUUCCCCCCGAGUGCUCGGGCUGCCUGCGGCUGCCGGGGGAGGGAUAUCCUGCUCCCGUGUCUUUUUUGUGACGGGUUCGUCUUUAAAAUAUGCAAGCUCUGUGAAAAAGACGGCAGAGAUUUCCCGCUCGUGCAGCGUGUGUUUGGUUUGGUUUGGUUUGUUUUUCUUCUGGUUAAUUUCACGCUAAAGCAGAAAUGGCUCAAGAAGAGAUGGAAGUUGAUCUCCAUCCAGUGGCUGGUUACUCAGUGGAGACCCUCCAGACACAUGCCCCGGAGCCCUCUGGUCACCCAGAGCUCUCACCCCUCAUUCCUGUGCUCGGUGAAGGAGGAGGCAGCGCUGCAGCCUUUCCUGCUGACGAUGCUGUUGUCACACCUGACGCUGGUACAAGGGAGGCAGCUCCAGAUCCUGAACUGCAGACAGGUCCUGCCACAGCCCCCAGUGGGCUGGAGAGGCUACAAGGGGCGUUUGAUCUGUACCAACCACUGCCUGUGCCACAGCUCACACAGCGUCCGCAAGUGAGGAGAGCUCGCAGGCAGCAGAGAAUUGGUGGUUCCCAGAGGACAAUCAGCACCAGGGCAGCAUUGGACCAUUACUUUCAACUCAGUAGGACCCAAGAGCCAUCUGCAGGACCAGUUCCACACCUGGAGUUGCCCCAUAUUGCGAGGGACACCCAGGAACAGCGCCCAGACGAGACCAUAGAAGUGAGUGACUCUGACAGCAGCACUUCUGAGGAGGAGGAGGAAGAGGAGGAGGAGGAAGCAGUGGAGGCAGCAGCACCACUGUUACCAUCAGCCCAGGAGACGCCUCCAGCAGCGAGCUCAGGAGUUUCCAGUCAGGUACAAGCAGAGCCACCUCAAGUUUUGUCUCAAGCUUCUGCAGAACACCAAAGUCAUGAAGAUGAAGCUGAAGUCCAGCCAAAGCAAACAAGUCCACUAAAGAAACUGGAGCCAUCAGUUCCUGUUGCACCCCUGGAUGAGGAGGAAGGAGAUAUCUGUGCAAUCUGCUUUGAGCAGUGGACCAAUGCUGGGGACCACCGUCUGUCUGCGCUGCGGUGUGGGCACCUCUUUGGCUACACGUGCAUUGAGAGGUGGCUCAAGGGACAGGCAGGGAAGUGCCCUCAGUGCAAUAAGAAGGCCAAGCGUUCCGACAUCGUGAUCCUGUAUGCCCGCACUUUGAAAGCGCUGGAUACCAGUGAGCAGGAGCGCAUGAGGAGCUCUUUAGAAAAGGAGCAAAAGUUGCGGAGACAGGCAGAGCUGGAAUCUGCACAGAGCCGUCUCCAGCUCCAGGUUCUGACAGAUGAAUGCAGCAAACUCCGCAAGCAAGUUCAGGAGCUGAAGGCUCUGGUGGCCCAGUACAAUGCAAGCACCUCACAGCAACCUGGCAGCUCCCGCACCUGCCUCCCAGGCAGCCUCCCCUCCAGCCAAAGCCAGCGCAAGUACCACUUGGAAAAGGCUUUUUUGGUGUCUCAGACUGGGAACUGCAGAGUAAUGGCAUACUGUGACUCACUGAGUUGUCUUGUGGUAUCACAGCCUUCUCCACAGUCUACUUUUAUUCCUGGUUGUGGUGUUAAGAUGAUGAGCUUGGCCAACCUGAAGAGCAGUCAGUACAUCCCCAUCCACAGUAAACAGAUUAGGGGCCUGGCUUUCGGUACUCGAGCAAAUGGUUUGCUGCUCUCUGCUGCCCUGGACAGCACUCUCAAACUCACCAGCUUGGCAACAAACACUGUGGUGCAGACAUACAAUGCUGGUCGUCCAGUGUGGAGCUGCUGCUGGUGUCUUGAUGAUACAAACUAUGUCUAUGCUGGAUUGGUCAAUGGCUCUAUCAUGAUAUAUGAUCUGAGAGACACAAACUCUCAUGUCCAAGAACUGGUCCCUCAGAAGUCGAGGUGCCCCAUGGUAUCGCUGUCCUACCUGCCCCGGAUGGCCUCAGCGUCGCUGCCUUAUGGUGGGAUAUUGGCUGGGACCUUGGAAGGAGCCUGCUUUUGGGAACAGAAAGCUGGCAACUCCUACCGGCCUCAUCACCUGCCCCUGGAACCAGGAGGCUGCAUUGAUCUCCAAACAGAGAUCAACACACGGCACUGCCUGGCCACGUACAGGCCUGGUAAAAAUAACCCAUGUGUGCGUUGUGUGAUGAUGGAACUGACUUGCAGCCCACUGACAGAGGGCUCAGAAGAUGUGGUGUGUUCUUCUAACCCGGUUCAGACUUUCAGUGCUGGGCCCACUUGCAAGUUGCUGACCAAAAAUGCCAUUUUUCAGAGUCCAGAGGAUGACGGGAGUGUCUUAGUGUGUGCUGGUGAUGAGGCAUCCAAUUCUGCUCUGCUCUGGGAUGCUGGAAGCGGUUCCUUGCUGCAGAAGCUGCCAGCUGACCUGCCUGUACUGGAUAUCUGCCCCUUGGAAGUGAAUCAAAGCCACCUCUUGGCUACUCUGACAGAGAAGAUGGUGAAUAUCUACAAGUGGCAGUGAGCUGCCCCUACCCUUGCCACAGACUGUCCAAAUGUGCUGCUGAUAACCCUUCACAACUGCUCAGUCCUGCACUUGCUGCUUACAGGAGACAGGAUCCAUUACAUCACCUUUCUUGCAGUGGGGAGGAACUGGGAUGCGCUGGUGCCCAGGGCAAUUCCUUUCUUCUUUAGUCCUCUUUAGGCCUGCCCUUAUUUCUUCUUUUGUCAAUUUUUUUUUUAGUCAACCUCCACAAGCUGCCUCAGCACAGCAAUAAUUCCUGGAGUGUCUCCAGCAUGUGUUACUGCACUUUUUUUUCUGCUGUGAGUACAGCACAGGGACUUUCAAAUCUCGGCUACAAGUGAAUAAAAUAAGAGGAACUUGAA